CCAUCUAAACAUUGACAGUUUUCCCAGCGUGCACGACACAUCGGUGACGCAAGCGCAUCGUCAGUGCUCUAAUAAAUUUUGGAUUCAGCCAUUGUUGUUGAUCCAACUAUUGUGCUUCACAUUAAUUAAGCUACAUUAUGACAGAUUCAAUGAAUUUUGGACCAGAAUGGUUAAGAAAUCUCUCUUCAGAGGGGACCACAACUGGCAUGGGCGGCGGCGGGUCACGCUGCCAGCUGGCCGACUACAGGUACGGCAGGGAAGACAUGCUUGCGUUGUAUGAAAAAGGAUUGCCGCCCCCGCAAUCACUCUCUAUGUUCCCGCCCAUAUAUUCAGAGCAAGUGCUGCCUCCGCUGGCGCUGGUACCCGCCACAGACGAGGAGCGGCAAUGGGCGGCGCGUGCACCUUCGCUGGGGCCAUCAACGCGCGGUGGUCGCGGCGCACCCGGAAUUGGCGAGCGUGGUGGCCGUGGGGUGCGUGGUGCCCGCGGGGCUUACCAACCCUUCGGGCGCGCGCUUGGUGCCGGUUAUGAUGGAGGCAGCGGUGGUGGUGGUGGUGGCUGGGGCGGCGUUGGCGGCGAGCAGACCGAAUGGAGUCCGCGUAAAGAUUUCACCUACAGCAGAUCGACAUCGUCAGGCGGUAUAGACAACUGGCGGCGUAAUAAUCGAACGCUUAGCGAGGACGAAGACGGAUGGCGCAACACUGCCAGUCAUGGCCGUGGCGGUGGGCCAGGCGAGAAGUGGAAUCGCGCGUCGAGCUGGCGUGAAGGUGAGGAAGACGCGCGCGAUAAACGCUGGCACGAGCAGAAUAUGGGCGCGACUCGUGGCGGUGGCGGUGGACAUCGUCGAAUGUGGGACGCGCAGGAUGAGCAUCUUCCUGAGUGGGCCACUGAGAAUCUCGCCGAAGGCGGCGGUACGUUUGACUCCAGCGGCGCGUUUCACGGUUCCGACGACGAGCACGAGCGAGGCAAAGAAUUGCAGAAGUCGGCGUCACAACACAACAUACGCAAUCAACACGCGCCUUUGGUCACCUCCAAGUCGGCGGUUGCGUUGUCCAUUAAUAAAAACACCAAAACCGACGGCAAAGAGGAGAAAAACGCACGAUAUCAUCCGGAUCUGGACGAAACAAAGAGCAAAGAAAGAACUGUAGCCAAUGUCGAAAGAGAAAUGCGUCAGGAACAAGUGGAACAAUCGCACCGUAAAGCCACUCGCCCUAUUGAAGAAGCAAGUGUUAAGCCUCCGACUUCUGUAUCGGCACCGGCAGCGGUCAGCGUGAAAUCGAAUCAAAGCAAUAACACACCGCCCGAGGCUGGAGGGCGCGUCGUCGAUGAGGACUUCGACAAACUCCAAGAGGACUUUGUCUCGAAGCUGGUCGUCGAUGAAGAACCGCGCAAAAACGUGGUGCCCACGUCGGUCAGUCAUCCAAAUGUCAGCAUGUCAAAUGGCAUUCCAGCUCCUCCACCUAAUAUCAUGCCGCCUCCUCCGCCAGCCACUCAAGAGAUUUGGUACUAUCAGGACCCGCAGGGUGACCUGCAGGGGCCGUUUCUUUCCAGCGAGAUGGCCGAGUGGUUUAAAGCCGGUUACUUCACAACCACGCUGUUUGUACGACGGCAGUGCGAUGAACGCUUCUAUACGCUCGGCGAACUUGUUAAUCUUAGCAGUGGUAACCCGUUCCUUGCUUCUGUACCAAUGGCGCCACCCAAACAGGAGAAAUUUAGUGAUCCUGAUGUAGCGAUGCACUACCAGCAGCAAUUCCUCAACGCGCAAAUGAUGCGCGCGCGUCCCUAUGGUGCGGGGGAGUCCUGGACGGGUGUUCCGGGCUUUCAUCGCGAUGUGUACGCACCGCCGAUGAUGCCACCGAUGGGGCCCGAGAUGAUCCCGCCGGCGAGCACUGCUGCGCCCAUGCUACAGCAAAUUCUCAGUCAGUUUAAGAUGCCGCCGGUGAGUGUGCAACCUACUGUGAUGGACGAAUCAUUACCCACGUCCAACCCAAUGCAUUUGGAUCCGCUGCGCGCGCUCGUUCAACAAAUGGGCGGGCUGCAAUCUUUGCAAGCGCGUCUGCAGCCUCAAGGCAUGCCACCACCGCCUUCACAUGGUAUGCCCGCCAAUGGUACCGUACCACCGCCGAAAGCGGACGGUGGUAAAAUGGAACCGACUGAUUUUAUGCAGUUUAUGCAGCAGCACGCGGCGCUUGGGAAACCACAGCCGUCGCAGUUAGACCAGCGGAUUGAUUUGGACUCGCUGUGGAAACGCAAUCAGUAUCCGCCACCACAACAGGCGCAGCAAGCGCAACCACCACCACCUCAGCAGCAGCAACAACAACAACAUCCACCACCGCCUCAAAUGCAGCAGGCUAAUAAUCUGCAAACGACGCCACAGUGGCCGCAAAGCGAUAAACCAAUCAGUAUGUGGGAUGCACCGACAGUGCCCCAAGUGCUGCAAGGUGGUAUGCCGCCUGCGUCGCAGCCGAUCGUGAAUCAAGUGCCAGAACCGCCCGUCAAUGACGCCAGCGAUAAGAAAAACAAGAAGGAGGAGAAAAAGUUGAAGGAACUUGAAGAGAAGCAGGCGAAAAAGGAGGCGGAAGAGAAACGUAAGCAGGAGCAGCGCAAGCAAGAGUUGGAGAAGAAGCAGCAGGAGGAAAAACGAAAGAAAGAAGAGGAGCGUGUUCGGAAAGAAAUGGAAAAGAUGAAAAAGGAGGCCGAGGAGAAACGUCUCAAAGAGCUGGCGGAGAAAAAGAGAUUAAAGGAACAGCGUAAAGAGGAAGAAGCGCGCAAAAAGGCGGCCGAGGAACUUAAAAAACAGGAAGAUGAAAAAGAAAGGCUGGCGGCGAAAGAUCGCGAAAAUGAAAUGAAGAAGGCACAGGCAGAGGUGCAACGCCAUUUGGCGCUGGCGGCGGCGGCGAAUCAGAAACCGGCGAAGACAGCGCCUUGGUCACAGGCGACAAACAAUCAAGGCUAUAGUCUGGCGGAGAUUCAGAAAAUUGAGCGCGAGCGCAAAGCGGAACAGGUCCUUAUGCUCCAGCAGGCACAGCAGCGACAAUUGCAGCAAGCAGUACUGGAGCAGGUGGCGUCACCUGAAAAGAUGAACUCGUUUGGCGUGCCUCUCAACUGGGCGAACAAACCAAUGCGGCCCAAUCACGUGAAGAGCCUGGCGGAGAUUCAAGCCGAGGAGCAGGAUCGCCUGCUCAAGCAGAAAGAGAAGGAGAAAGCUGCUCAGAAGGAAAAGGAGACAUUGUCACCACCCAGUUCCACGUCCACCAUCUGGAGCGGGCAGUCGCUGACGUGGAAUAACAGCGACGGCACUGGUUUCUGGGACGAGCCGGCACCACAACCUCCGGCGCAGAAGAAACCGCAGCAGGCGCAGCCUGUUAAACAGGUCGUCAGUAGGCAACCACAACAACAACAGCCGGCUGUCAAGAAACAGCCCGUGAAGCAGCCGAAGGAGCAAGCCAAUAAUAAUGCCAAUUCGAAUAAUACGGAGGUGAACUCCUCCGAUGAAUUUACAAACUGGUGUAUAAGGACCUUAGCUAGUAUGAAUACACAAGUCGACAUUCCCACGUUUGUGAGCUUCCUGCGGUCUAUUGAGUCUGCUUUGGACGUCAGAGAUUACUGCCGCGAAUAUUUGGGCGAGAAGCCUGCGACGCAGCAGUUUGCGGCGCAGUUUCUCGAGAAGCGUCGUUCGUUCAAACCGAAGCCGAACGCGCAUAAAGACGACAUGUGUUCGCCAGCGCCUGCCAUCACACCUUCAACUCAACACAGCAAUGACUUCCAGGAAGUCAAGGGCAAGGGAAAGAAAGUGAAGAAAUCGAAAAUGUUGAAAGUCGACGCACGAAUUCUGGGCUUCAAUGUGACAGCCGCACAGGAUCGCAUCAAUGUCGGCGACCGCGACUACGGCGAAGCGUAACCGCCUCCUCGGCGUCCACCAUCGCCUCCUCCACGCACUGAUACCGGCAGCACCGUCGAUACUUAACUCUUUAAAUAAUUGAAAACAAAAAAAAAACCAGUCAGUUCUCAAGAACGAGCGACGAGGAAGAUUGCAUCAAGUGAACAGAGAUUUAUUUAUUCUCACGAUAUAAAAUGAUACAAAAAGAGCAAACAAAAAUAUUCUAUAGUUGAUAACUAUUGUUGAUUAUGAAAUAAUAAUGAGUAAUCCAUUUUUACUGCCAA